AUGGCGAUGCCAGAUCAAUUCACGCAGCCCUUUGGCGCUUCCAAAGGCCCACCAUCACUGCACGGCAGCGGCAAAAAUGAGCACCAUACCAGUUCCAUAUGGCAAGCGGCUAUCGAUAGGUACUACGCCGAGCUGCGAAGAGGGGGCGUCAAGGGCCCCGCCAUCGAUCACGAUCUCUGGCGCAUCCACAGUCCCGAUGACCUUUUCCAGCAAAGCAACGCUCUCAGUCCGGCGGACUCGCGCGGCUGUGAUGACCCUCUCGGUCGGGAUGAAUGGUCAGGUGGCGGCUGUAAUAUGGGGCUCGAUCAGAUUGAUCAUGAAGAGGCUAGAAGAAUUGAAAAGGACAGUCUUGGAUACGGACCCAUCUGCAUUUUGAGAAGGUAG